CUCCUCCCAUUGGCUCCGGGCCGGGCCGGAAGUUAUCGUGGGGCCGGGCCCAGGCUGGCUCCAGCGCCUGUGGAGAUGAGCCGGGCGCGGGAGGGCCAGAGACCCGGCGAAGGCGAAGAGGAAGGCGGCCACGAGGUUUUCCUUCUUGAUCCUCAGAGCGCAUCACCCACUGUUGCCUUUCUGCAAGAAUUGCCCAGUUUCCAGUCUAUGCGAAGGAGGAAACCCUCGGCCAGAGGCUCACAGGAUUAUUACAGUUUAGUGCGGGUCACUUCUGCAGAGACAAACAACUUGUUGGACGGGGUUGGACCAAGCCCCUCGCACCCUCUUCGAGAAUAUGCCUUAACGAUUGCAGAGAAACGGCGCUUAAGAGAUAUCCAGGAAGCCAACAGGAAAUACCUGUCAGGUUGGAAUCAGUGGAGGCAGUCAAGCAAAAAGUCCCUGAAAAGAAUUGUAGAGGAUACCAAAGAACUCUCCUCCUAUUUGGAGCUUUGGAGGCACGAUAUCCACAGCAUUGAAGGGAAAUUUGGCACUGGGAUCCAGUCUUACUUCUCCUUCCUUCGGUUCCUUGUGAUCCUGAACUUGGUGAUCUUUCUCCUUGUGUUCAGCUUUAUCACUCUCCCAAGUGCUGUUUUCCGACAUGGGGUUGUCAAUGGCAGCUACGUUAAAGUCUCUCCGCAGGAAGCAGAGACACAUUGCACAAUUUAUGAAGUCACUGGUACCAAGGGACUUAUUUACUUCUACAAUUAUAUUAUAGAUCUCCUGUCUGGCACAGGUUUUCUUGAGAUGACCAGUCUUUUCUAUGGUUAUUACACAGUCGAUGCAAUACAUUUGGGCCACCUGACAUACCAAGUGCCGCUCGCCUAUUUGCUCACCACGCUGGCCUACCUUUCAUUGAGCUUCCUGUGGAUUGUCAAGAGAGCCGUUGAAGGGUUUAAACAAAGCCUGGUGUGCAGCGACGACCGGUUUCAGAGCUAUUGCAACAAAAUAUUUGCUGGCUGGGAUUUCUGUAUUACGGACGUCAAUGCUGCGCGGCUGAAACACUGCAGUUUACAUUAUGAACUCAAAACUGACUUGGAGGAAGAGCGGCUGAGGCAGAGAGUAGCGGAAAGAACGGCCAAAGAGAAGAUACGCAUCUAUUGCUUGAGGAUAUUCCUAAACGUUGUCGUCCUUGCUGUUUUGUCAGCUUGUUUUUAUUCCAUUUAUAGAGCAACUGUCUACUCGCAAGAAAAUAUUCCCACUGACAGCAAGACUCGAUUUGAAGAUAACCUCCUGGUGCAGUACCUCCCUUCGAUGGUGAUCACCAUGGCCAACUUUGUGGCCCCCCUGAUAUUCUCAGGGAUCAUCAAACUGGAAGACUAUUCGCCAGGCUUUGAAAUCCGGUUAACGCUGAUGAGGUGCGUCUUUGUGCGGUUGGCCAAUAUCGGCGUUCUCUUGGCCUCUCUCUGGAUCCGGAUCAAGUCCUGUGCCGAUGCAAAGUGUGCGGCCUGUGGAUACAACUACCAGGACUAUCCUUGCUGGGAGUCUCGCGUCGGCCAGGAGAUGUAUAAGCUUAUGAUCUUUGACUUUAUCAUCAUUUUUGCUGUUACUGUCUUCAUUGACUUUCCUAGAAAAUUGAUGGUUACCCAUUGUUCGGUGAAGGCCUUCCGGUGGUGUGGGCUGCAGGAGUUUGCCAUCCCUGACAAUGUUUUGGAGAUAGUUUACGGACAAACCAUUUGUUGGAUUGGAACUUUCUACUGUCCGCUCCUCCCCGCCAUUGCGACCAUAAAGUAUUUCAUUGUAUUUUACAUUAAAAAGGUCAGUCUGAUGCACACCUGUAAGCCUUCAACGCGUCCUUUCAGGGCGUCCAGCUCCAACUUCUUCUUCUUGGUGGUGCUCUUGAUCGGCCUCAUCUUAGCUUUCAUUCCAUUGGGACUUAGCAUGACACGCAUUCCCUCCUCAAAGGCAUGUGGACCUUUUGUGACGUUUGAGCAUUCGUGGGACAUUCUGCAUCACACUGUCAGUCAAUUCCCAGAUGUCUUGAGGGCAGUCCUGGAUGGCCUCGCAUCUGAAGCCUUUGCGGUGCCUUUCUUCAUAUUAAUCUGCCUUGUAAUGUUCUAUCUCAUGGCCUUGGCUGGUGCACAUAAACGAGUCGUUAAUCAGCUCAGGGAACAAUUAGUGAUGCGUACAGUAUGUGCUGUCACGGGUAGCCUCCGAUGGUGCAAUGGGUUAAAAUGCUGAGCUGCUGAUCAAAAGGUUGGUGGUUUGAAUGCGUGGAGCAGGGUGAGCUCCCGCUGUCAGCCCCAGUUUCUGCCAACUUAGCAGUUUAAAAACAUGCAAAUGUGAGUAGAGCUUUGAAUCAGAAGACUCCCACAGGAAUGACUGUCAAGUGUCUAGUCACUGACCUAAACUCAAACAACAUGCUGUUGGCUCAUAAUGACUAUUUGGAAAGCUUAAAUCACUGGGUAGAAGCACAGAACUGGACGAGGAAGGAAAAAUGGGCUUCCUGCACAACAUGAACACAAUGCUUUUACUAUACAAAAUGCAUGACUUUGCUCAGUGUUGCUGAGAAUUGUCUGAAAACUCAGUUCUUUUCAUAGACCCACAGAAUCAGAGUCAGAAGAGACUUGGUGGACCAUCCAGUCCAACCCCUUUCUGCCAAGAAGCAGGAAAAUCGCAUUCAAAGCACUCCUGACAGAUGGUCAUUUAGCUUCUGCUUAAAAGCCUCCAAAGAAGGAGCCCCCACCACACUCUGGGGCAGAGAGUUCCACUGCUGAACAGCCCUUUUCACCGUGAGGAAGUUCUUCCUAAUGUUCAGGUAGAAUCUCCUUCCUUUCCUGUAGUUUGAAGCUAUUGUUCCAUUGUGUCCUAGUCUCCAGGAUAGCAGAAAGAAAGCUUGCUCCCUCUUUCCUUUGAUUUUCCUUCCCAUCUUGAUCCAUGGCCCUCUUGUCUCCUCUCAGCCUUCUCUUAUGCAGGCUUAACAUACCCAGCUCUUUAAGCCACUCCUCAGAGGGCUUGUUCUCCAGACCUUUGAUCAUUUGAGUUGCCCUCCUCUGGACACAUCCCAGCUUAAAGGACAUGGUUAGUUUCAAAGUCUAACAUUUUUUCCUAGCCAUUUUGAGAAACAAAACAUUUUAAAGGGUGUAAAAUAUGUGUUAAUAAAUAUGCUACAGAGGUUUUAAUGAAA